GUGUAACAAAAAAGCGACUGAAUUGCGAACGAAUUUAAAGUAAGAGCGACAAUGAGCUACGGGCAUUAUAAAACUGCAAGAGUGUAAAAAGCGACAAUACCAUGAAACAUCCACUCUGUUUUCGUAGAUCUUUUUUUAAAAAUGGCUUUAAGCUUUCAGACUAAACGCCGAGAUCUCGAUCGAUUUAUAAAUAGAGCCCGAACAGCUAAGAGUUAGUGAAACAAGUUUUCGCCAACAUAUUCGUACUAUCGUGCUAUUCCUGCAUCGUUUAGUCUGAAAUUUGACACAAACCUAGGCAGAUUAAAAGUCUGACAGGGUGAAUCGGACCUCCACUCUGCCUAGGUUUGUGCGAAUUUACAUGAAAACCGGCGCCGAAAGAGUCGAAAUUGAUUUCGGCAGAAACUUAGACAGACUAGAAGUGUGACUUACCCCAUCAGACCAUUACUCUGCUUAGGUUUGUGCCGAACUCGCUUUCGGCUCGCUCGGCACUAUUAUUUUAGUGUGGAAGUUUAAUAACAGGUCCAUUUUAAUAGCAACCGAGCCGAAGAGCUGCAAAGUUGAUAGUUUUAAAACCAGUGUCAAGCGAGCGGAUUCGACAAAAACCUAGGCAGAGUAAAAGUCUGAUUUAGUAGACCUCUACUCUGUCUAUGUGUGUGCGAAUUUACAUGAAAACCAGUGCCUGGCGAGUUGAAGGCGAGUUCGGCGCAAACCUAGGCAGAGUGUAGGUCUGACUUACACCAUCAGACCUUUUCUCUGCCUAAGGGAAAACCCUUAAAGACCUGUCAGAAUGUCGAAUUGCAACUAAGGGCACUCCUGGAGGUGCUGUCUGAUGUCCUUAGAAGUCAAUACAGUCUCUUAAAGGUUCUGAGAGGCGUGGACAGAAGAAGAGGUUUUAUAUUUUAAACCUAAAGGCUUAAACCUUAGAUGAUUUAUUUUUAACAUGUAAAAAAAAGAAAGAAGAAAGAACAAAGAAGAAACCUAUAACUUUCAAUGUACAAGGAAACUAAGGAAGGUUUUUAUUGUUCUAACGGGACUAGAGACCGGAUUUACCAAACCUACUUGCGGGAUGGAGGCGAAAGGGAUGAUAACCAACAGCAAGCGAUUAAGAAGAUGAGAAGAGAAUACGAAGAGAGUAAGAAAAGAGUAAAAAGAAGAGAGUAAGAAGAGUGUAAGGAGUGCGUAAUAAGAGAGUAAGGUGAGAGUAAGAAGGGAGUUAGAAGAGAGUAAGAAGAGGGUAAAAAGAUGGUAAGAAGAAUGUACACAUUCAUCUAGGUCGUAAUUUGGGCUCGAUUAAUCACAAAACCAAUCAUUUACAGAUGACACAAAUUUAUUUGACAUAAGACAAUCAAGCUGAAAGAAAAACUGGCACUCAGGGCCAACAAACAUGUACACGCAAACAAGCGAUCGAUAGACUUAACUAUUUUAAAGUGCCAGUAAUCCAAAAUCUCGGAUAAUUUGCGAUUUUCAAACAAACAGACGCGGAAGCAGCUACAAAACGAUGAUCCUACGUAACUGAUUCGAAAUUGACCCUUGAAUGGUACACAAAAACACCCCCUAACCGAUAGCUUGAAGAUCUUCUCUUAACAAGUAGCUCAGGAAUUAGAAACCAACAUUGAAAAUAAUCAUGUUAUUUGUGAAAGAAAUCUCAUAGGUAGUUUAUUAAAGAAUUUGAUCUAGUUUCGUUCAUAUGCACACUUUUUACUUUUCCAAAUUUUUCAAAAAUCGAAGGGGGUACCGUAACGGAAGGAAUGUAAAUUUCGUUAAAUUCAUUUUUGCUUCAAAUCUUUCUCUUUUCUAUUCUUUAUUUAUUUUCUCUUUUAAAUAGUGAAAUUUUAAACAAAUAAAAUCGUUGUACAAAAAAGGAAAAAAAACUGCACUCCUAUUAAGUAAUCGAAUAAAUUUUGCUGCACUCCUGGUGGUAGCCGAUCUAUUGACAGCUUUUUUGAAUUUCCCUGUUUUUGGUUUCCAAUUUCGCAGACCAUUAAAUUUAAUAUCCCCAAAGAAUUAAUAGCAUUUCUGGAUACAUUAACUACCAGGAGAUUAAAUGUGCGCAAAUGGAACUAAUAAUUGCACUCGUAGAUGUUAUUCGGUUUAGGUUCAAGGUUGAUACAGUACGAAUAAGAUCUAAAAACUGCUAGAAAAAAUUCGAUAGAUUUAUCGUAAUAAAAAGUGCUAUCAGAUUCCCUUUAAUUGGUUGGCAUUAGGAGAAUAGGAGCCAAGAAGUGAGUAGGUGGCUCCUGCUACCAUUGGUCAACCUAACUUCUCUACCUAGUUUGGUUGAAGUGUUCUUGGAUUCGACAUAGAUACCACUCAGGUUUAGUGUAAUUUAAAGGUAAUGCGCCUGAUACAACAAAUUUAGAUGUGAUCAAACUUUUUGUUGAGAGUUUGAUGCCAGAGGAAGAAUAGGGCGCAUGUAGAAGGUAGAUAUCUCACGGAAAGUGAGCAUGCACCUAAUAAAAGGAGAAAUAUUACAAGUUUCGUUUCAGUUGAGGAGUUGAGAUAAGAGAAAUAAUAUGGUUCCACUGGGAUCCUGCUACAAUGAACCUCAUUUAUCUCUUCUUAUACGAAAAUUGUGAUCAGAUUGGCCCAGGCUAUCCUUUGUUCACCACAAUGAUAAAAACGCUCCUGCUGUUGUUCUCAGUGGGCCUUCCGGUCGGUUAUGGAUUUGUCUCAAACGUGUCUACAAAAGAAGUAUUUCUCAAAUUCGAAACCAUGGCCUACCAGCAUCCCGAAUGUUUCCAGGAAACGCAAGUCAAUGAAGAGGAGGUCGUCCAGUACUUCGAAGAGUUCAAGUUCUCAAACUCGUCUAACUUCAAGUGUUUCCUUAACUGUCUGUACACGAAGUUGAACUUUGUAAAGCCUAAUGGUGAUCUGGACGGAGACGAGAUCUUUAGAACCACGGACAGGACGACCCGGAAAGUAAUUGACGGUUGUAUUGCACUGGUCCAGUCCGAACCGGAUCGAUGUCAACGACUGUACGACAUGGCCUCUUGUGUCAUUCAUUCCCAGGAUUAUGGCGUAUAAAUCUAUGUCUAAAACUUUAACUGUUUAACUGUAUACAAUUUGAUCUAUGUAAAACACUUCCUGUAGCGGGCUACUGAAAUAGAUUAGUGCAAUUGAA